AUGGGCAAACUUUGCUCCAAACCGGGAAGCCCACCCGAGGGCGGCCCCCCGGGGUACCUGUUCGUGGUCUCGACGAGCCACAUGGACUGGGACUGGCGUGGGACGUUUGAGCAAUACUACAGCGUAGGAAUCCCCAAUGGCAUUCAAGGGCCGAACUGCCCGGUGCACCGGAUCCUGUACGAUGCCAUCGGCCUGAUGCAGACGAGCGACUACCAGUACCACCUGGCCGAGAUGGCGUGGCUGAGGCGGUACCUGAGCGACCACCCAGACCAGCUCUCGAUUCUAGCGUCCCUCAAGGACAAGUUCUUCCUGCUGGGCGGGGGCUUCGUGUCGCCCGACAGCCUGGUGAGCAACGGAGAGGCCUUCAUCCGGAACUACCUAUACGGGCGCAAGUACGUGCGGUCCAUCGGCCUGGGCGAGCAGCUGGUGGAUGUGUGCUGGAUCCCGGACGACUUUGGGCACGACCCGCAGCUGCCCGUGGUAGUCGACGCCAUGGGCCUACGGGCGGCGUGCUUCUGGCGCGUGCCGGGCAACGAGCCGACCCAGCCGUCAGCUUACAACCCCGUCAGCCCACCGCCGCUACCACGCGACAACAUGAAGACACAGCUGGCCAAUGCCGGCGUCACAUUCGCGUGGCAGGCCGCCGAUGGGUCCACCAUCGUCGGCCAUCAGAUGUACUGCGGCUACGGCGUCGUCGGGAACCAGUCUUCGGCCGACAACACGUUUCCGGCCACCGUCGCCGCAACCUUGAGCAAAUUUGUCUUGCUGGGAGAAAACGGCACCUUCAAGCCGGCUACGGUCGAUAAUCAGCUGCAGAUCAUGGUGCCGUGCGGGGGCGACUUCUCGUGGCCGUCGAGCGCCUUCUGGAAGGGCGUCGCCCAGUACGGCGCCAAACCGCAGGACGGCAUCGAGCUGUUCAGGGGGCUGGGCGGAUUCAUCGACACGGUGGUGCAGAACAGAUCCGCGCUCGGCGUGCCGCAGCAGAUCGACCCAUCCAUGUUCUGGACGGGCUACUUCUCGUCGCGCGUGCAGCUCAAGAUCGACCAGCAGCGCACCGUCAACCGGCUGACCGACGCCGAGGGCCUCCUCACCCUCCUGUGCGCGCUGAGCAACGUGUCGCCCGCCGUGCUGACGGCCGUUGGCCAGCAGCUGGACGCGUGCUGGCAGAGCGUGGCCAUCUCGACCCAUCACGACUUCGUCACGGGCACGUCGCCUGACCAGACGUACUACCUCGAGCAGCUGCCGCUCAGCAGCCUGGCGGUGCGCCAAAGCGCCGACAUCCUCUCCCAUGCCGUGUCCCUACUCGGCAACGUGGUCAAGCCCCGUACCAAAGUCGACGCCGAGUUGCCGUUCGUCGCCUUCAACCCCUGCGGGUUCCGGCGCGAGGCGGGCGGCAUGGUGGUCGUCUCCCGCCAGUACGUCGACCAGCAGAAGAAUUACACCUACCGCUGGUCGGGCGGCGGCACGGGCGACGCGCAGUGGCUCGCCGACGGGGACCUCGAAGUGGCCUCGCCCACCGUGGGCAGCCUGGGCUACGCCACAGUGUACCUGGAGCCAACCGCCCAGCGAAAGCCCUCCCGGCCAACAAUCACGAGUGCACCCGAGAGCGACGACACAUCGGCUCCCCCCACCGUGUUGGUUUUCGAGAACAGCACCGUGUCCGUGACGAUCAGCAGCGCUGCGGCAUGGAGCGUCACGUCCAUCAUCGACAAGGUCACCAGCAGGGAACUAGUAGCACCCAAGGGCUACGGUAACCAGCUGCAGGUGUACAGAGAAGACCAGGGGGGCUUCGGUUCGGGCAACCUGUACCAGAUGGGCAGCGAAUUCUACCCUCAGUCGACUACGCAACAGGGCUUUUCUCUCUCCGGCAACGACGCGUUCGCAGCCGUCGGCGGAUACGAGGUCGCCAACGAUUCGGGCACGCACCUGCAGCGCUUCCGCGGGACGAUCCAGAGCGCGCGCACGAAGCUGACGCUGACGGUUGAGUACUCCCUAUACAAAGAGGAGCGCGCGCUGCGCGUCCGCGUGACGGGGUCCGCGGCCGGGACACCCUCCUCGGCCCAAGAAUGUCUCUCAGUGGUGACCACGUGGGCGCUCGUCUCGCCCGAGGGCACGCCGCCGGCGAGCAUGAGCUACGGCACGGCCAAUCACUGGACGUCGUUCAACCCGUCGCGCGACAUUACCUACUGGUCGGGGCCGACGUUUCGCGCAACGCACAACUACGUCAACCUCAUGACCAGCGGCGCGCAGGCGGCCGACUGCGGCUCCAUCUACCACGAGGCGGCGCGGGCGUGGGCGCUCUCUCCCGGCAGCGGAGGCGCCGGCGCCGUCGCCGUCCAGGGGAUCCUCUUCCGAAACGCGCCGGCAGGGGGCCGCGGCGCGUCCGGCAGCGAUAUCGACUCGCACACCCAAGACUUUGCGUUCCGGUUACCCGACGCCGACGACGCCAAGAGCGGCGUCAACGCCCACAGCAAAUCCCUUCGGGAAUCCAUGGCGCUACAGAAGCCGUUCUGUGUCGCGCCCGUCGCCGCGACCGGCACGCUGAACUACCUCGCGACGCUGGGCGACAUGUACGACUCGCUGGCGUCCGUAUCGCCCGACACGGCCAUGAUCCGCGUGGCACGGCUUCAGGGCAGUUCGGGGAUCAUUGACGACGAGAUUCAGGCGGGGCCGACGACGGGCCCGUGUCCGUUCAGUUUCGUGCUGCGGCUGUACCAGCCGACCAACGACGUGGGCAAGACGUAUACCGUGCAGAUCCCGUUCCUACCCAUCAACGGCGACCCCAACAACCCCCUCCUGUCGACCAACAACCAGAAGCCUGACGAGCUGCCGUAUAACAAGGCUGUUCUGGUCCCCGGCGUGAAGUUGGUGACUGCCCUUGAAGAGCCACUGCCAGCCUCGAGCACCCAGCCGCAGCCGACGUAUGACGGCAACGGGAACGUGACAGUAACCCAGAUGCCCACGCUGGCCACGUUGGUAGUGCAGAGCGUCGGGACCACGGUGUUACCGACUCAGUGA